AUAUGAAUCCAUCAAGUAACUCGAAAAAAUCAUCAUUUCUAGAACUUUUAUCUAAUUCAUUAAUUUUUUGUGAAAGUAAAUCAAAAUCACCUUUUAUUACUAAAAUUGUGGGCAUCGAAAAAACAAAGCCAUUUGAAAAAACAAACGAAAAAUUACAUGCUUAUAAAAAUCUAUUUAAAACAAAUUUUAAGAUUCCAAAAGCUUUCAAACUUUCAAGUUUUAACUUGAUAACAUCACAAGCUUUCAAAAAAGAAAAAAUUAAAAAUAUUUCUUUAAACUUUAUCAACAAAUAUUCAAAAUUAAAAUCUGAAUGGAAAUUCAAACACUUGGCAUUAACAACCCAAAUGAAGGUGUUGGAGGAUGAGCUUGAAACACGAAAGAAAGAAUUGAAAACUACCAAUGCUGAGUUUGACUCGAAGAAAAAUGAAUUGGUUGUUACCAUUGCUAAAUUAGACACACAAAACAAAAAAUUAGAGGCCAAAAAUGCUGAGCUAGAUGUACUUAACAAAGAAUUGAUUGCUCAAAUUAAAGAAUUGGAAGCUUCUAAUAUUGAAAUAUACUAUCAGAAGAAAGAAUUCGAAGCUUCAAACGCUAACUUAAAUGUGUGCAACCAAGAAUUAGAGGCUCUAAAUGAAGAAUUAACUGCACAAACUAAAAAAGCAGAAUCUUCAAAUGCUGAGUUAACCGCUAGAUUCAAAGAAUUAGAGGCCUCUAACACUAAAAUAAAUGAUCAGAAUAAAGAAUUAAAGAUCUCAAAUUACAAGUUAGCUGCACAAAUUAGAGAGCUAGAAGCUUCCAACAUCAAGCUAACUUCACAAAUUAAGGAAUCUGAAACAAAGACCUCUAAUUUUGAGUUAGCAGCCUACAAGAAUAAUUUAAAGGUUUCCAAUGCAGAGUUGAAAAAGGAUGAAUUGAAAGAUCAAUUGAUGCAUUACAUUGAAAAUCCUUCCAAAUCAUCCUUCAAUGUACACAAAGAAUCACACCAUGAUCUUAAUGAGAAUGAAAUAAAUCCACUCAAAUCCUUAGUAAGAAGCUUUGAAAUUGCUUCUAAUACCGGAACUCUAAUGGGAGAUCUAAACUAA